ACAACAUUCAGUACUUGGUCAUUUUUCUUUCUUCAUGAAGUUCAGACGUUGCAGGCUCCAUGCUGGUAUCCACCCCUAAUGUAGCAAGAGCAUUUCACGUAUUUUCUACGCUACAGGCAGGGAGUAGUGGCAGUUCGAGGUGUAUAUCGUCCAGGGCCAAUGCUAUUUUCAAGGAUGCGAAGUCCGCAGAAUUUCUUGCUGCUGUUGGUGAUAAAGAAUCUCUUUCUUUGUUAGGUGGGCUUCCCGAGGUAGUUGUAACAGGUCGAGCGAAUGUCGGAAAAUCAUCCUUGCUUAAUUCUGUGAUUGGGCGUAGAGAUCUUCUUUUCACCAGCAAAAAAGCCGGCCGAACACAAACACUCAACUUUUUCCGUGUUGGAUCUCCUCCUGGUCGCUUGGUCGUUGUCGACUCUCCGGGAUAUGGCGCUAGGGGCCGACCUGAGUGGGGUGCCCUUUUCAACCAUUAUCUAGAAACUCGGAAAGCAGUAAUACAUUUGACACCAUGUUACAGGUUAUGCCGCGUCUUCAUCUUGAUAUCCGCUGCCCACGGUAUGGGUGCUACGGACGAGGCAAUGCUUUCUUCGUUGGAUGCUCAGAUCCAGUCACUCGACGGCACCUGCUGGACACUUCAAGCAAUCAUUACUAGGGCCGACGUACUGAAAGCAAAUGGUCGCACUCAAAUAAAUCAGAUUGAGCAAGAUAUCUUUCGCAUUGCCCCAACAUGCUUACCCCCUAUCAUCACCUCAUGUCCGUCCAAGGGAAUUGCUUUUGGCAUCGAUGAAGUUAGGAAGUCGAUUUAUCAUGCGUGUGGGAUCCUC